CCUCUUGGUGCAGAUUGCAGAGCGCCUUCCGUUGAGAGAGCUGCAGAUUUUGCUAGAGCCAGGCUUGCCCACCGUGUAGAAGGAGCGCCUUGUGUCCCCUUGAACUCUGGACUGCAAAGAACCGGCUGCCUGAUUUGAUCAACCCCUCACUCAGACUGCAUGGUCUCCAGGGACCCUCUUGAGUUGCACGUUUCUGCACUGAGGACUGCAAAUCCCCGUCACUCCUAGGAUUUGCGGUGUUCUGGAUACUGGAGGCUUGCAAGCUACGCUAGCCAGCCCCUGGGCAGGCACUCGCCCGAACCACUGGAGUGUGCCGCUAACUGGCAGGCCGGCUCUUCGCCUCUCCAUGAGCCCGUGAGCCUGCGGGCAGGUGCCCGGUGAUGGCGCGGCCCGUGAGCGACAGGACCCCGGCCCCCCUGCUGCUGGGCGGCCCAGCCGGGGCCCCCCCUGGCGGGGGAGCGCUGCUUGGGCUGCGGAGCCUUCUGCAGGGGACCAGCAAACCCAAAGAGCCAGCCAGCUGUCUCCUGAAGGAAAAGGAGCGCAAGGCGGCUCCGCCGGCAGCCACGGUCCCCGGGCCCGGCCUGGAGACGGCGAGCCCGGCGGAUGCCCCAGCUGGGGCAGUGGUGGGCGGCGGGUCCCCGCGGGGCCGCCCGGGGGCCGCGCCUGGCCCGGGUCUGUUGGCGCCGCUGCUGUGGGAGCGGACGCUGCCGUUCGGCGACGUGGAGUAUGUGGACCUGGACGCCUUCUUGCUGGAGCACGGGCUCCCGCCCAGCCCGCCGCCCCCCGCCGGCCCUUCACCGACGCCCUCGCCCGUGCGCACGCCCGCACCCUCCCCGGGGCCGGGUUCCUGCGGCUCAGCUUCCCCUCGUUCCUCCCCGGGGCACGCCCCCACCCGGGCUGCCCUCGGGGCCGCGGGCGGCCACCGCGCAGGCCUGACCUCCCGGGACACACCCAGCCCGGUGGACCCAGACACCGUGGAGGUGCUGAUGACAUUUGAACCUGACCCAGCUGAUUUAGCCCUGUCAAGCAUUCCCGGCCAUGAGACCUUUGAUCCUCGGAGACAUCGCUUCUCAGAGGAGGAGCUGAAGCCCCAGCCCAUCAUGAAGAAGGCUCGGAAGAUCCAGGUGCCAGAGGAGCAGAAGGACGAGAAGUAUUGGAGCCGGCGGUACAAGAAUAACGAGGCAGCCAAGAGGUCCCGAGAUGCCCGGCGGCUCAAGGAGAACCAGAUAUCAGUACGGGCGGCCUUCCUGGAGAAGGAGAACGCCCUGCUGCGGCAGGAAGUGGUGGCUGUGCGCCAGGAGCUGUCCCACUACCGCGCCGUGCUGUCCCGCUACCAGGCCCAGCACGGAGCCCUGUGAGGCUGUCCCCCGCCCCUGCCCGGCGGCCUCACUCAGACUUGCGCCCUGACACCCUCUUCCCUCCCCGCCCUGUGGCCCACCGGCCGGCCAGCUGGGUGCCCAGGGACGUGAUGAUGCAGAUAAAUACAUUUAUAUUUUUAAGAAAAAGCGAGCCUCCCCCCCCUCCCUCGCGGGGGCGGGGAGGGUCCUCUGUGUGUGCCCCUGCCACUUCGGGGACCCCAUCCUCCCACCGCCUCCGUUAACACAUCCUGAAUAAAUCUUGAGAACCCCA